ACAGAAAAUGGAUUCAAUCACGCAGCACAGAGUUACCCAGGAAGCAGAAAACUUCAUUGCCUCCAUUGACCCAUCUGCUGUUUGUGACCUGGCAUCCUCCUUUCACCCGGCGAAGAAGCAGUGUCGCAUAUUCGGUGAUGUGAAGAAAGGUGGCUUUAAUGUCUGCUUCCCUGUUCAAUUUACGGGGGAUGCGGCUGACGACAGCACCCCUGAGCGAUGGAUGAUACGCAUUCCGAUCCUACCACGCUUAGCUUUUCCCAAGGAAAAGCUUCGAGGCGAAAUCGCGACAAUGAAGUUCAUUGCGGAGAAGACAACAAUACCUAUUCCACGCCUACAUGGAUAUUCAAUAAAUUCAAAAAAUCAGCUUGGUCUCCCAUUUAUGCUGCUUGAGUUUAUUGAUGGCAAGCCCUUGUUUACCGUGGAAGUCCGCAAGCUUCCGCGACCACAGAAGCGUGAGCUUUUUGCGAAACUGGGUGACAUUUACAUCCAGCUGUUCCAGCAUAAGUUUGACCGAAUCGGUGCUCUUACUUUGGAUGCAAAGGACGAAAAUUGGGUUUUCGAUCAUAAUCGACCACUUUCAGUAUUGAUGAAUGAUCAGACCCUUGCGGGAAUUAAGCCUCACUUCAUAGGGCCUAACCAGACAUUUCAGUCAACCAUAGACUAUGUUUAUGCAAUUCACCAGGCCUUACUCGAUGACUUCUACCAAGGAAGGGACAGCAUUAUCAAUGAAGAAGAUGCCCGCUCCUAUCUCUACAGCUUGCACAGAUCCCGCCAAUUUCUGAUGGAGUGGGUGAAGCCUGAGCAUAAUCAUGGGCCAUUCAUAUUGAAUCAUGGUGAUCUCCGGUCUGCUAAUAUACUUGUUGAUGAUGACCUGAAUAUCUUGUCUGUCCUAGAUUGGGAGUGGAGCCACACCAUCCCUGUCCAAAUGUUUGUUCCUCCAUCCUGGCUUGAUGGACUUGAACUGGUUGGAACUGCGAAGAUGCCAGGUCGACUACUCUACGAAAGCUUGCUCUUCACCUUACGCAUGGAGACACGACGGCGGGAAAGAAAAUAUCAUCCUGAGUGCUUAUCCCUUGAUGACCUGCCACUUGCAAAGAUUUGGAGAGAAACACUUGAAUCUCCUGCCGUUUUCAUUGCACUUGGAUUGUUGCAGCCACUUUAUUUUGGCAAUAUAUACUGGUCGGUGCUGGAAUAUGACUAUUAUGGGAAUGAAAGGAUACAUUACAGGAAGAGGAUGGAAGACUUCUACAGCCUGGAGAUACAUAAAGCAGAACUAGAAGCCGUGCAGCGGAAACUUCAAGAACUUGAGCUAUUCGAACAGGAAUGUGAUAAGCUCGGAAUCCAAAGAGAACAACAGAACAUCGAACAAACAAACGGUCCUUCAAAAGAAGCUCUCAAGUCUCCCAACGUCAAUUCUCACGCUCGCGCAUCAUUGUCCUGUUUGAGAACUAGCCUCAAAAGCCUUGCUCUGCAAAUAUCGCUCCAGGGGCAAACCACGAGCCAUACACGCUGGGCAUUAAUCGGGAGCACACUUAUUGCAGCUUGCUAUCUCUUCAUGACACGGAAGAGAAAGUGAUUCUGCUUCCAAGCGGCCGGCGUAUUUCUAUUUCGGCGUCGGCGUACUUUAGGGUGUUUAUGAUUGCGAGAGGAGUUCGAUGGAGGAUUCAAUAGCAGCAAUUCUCUGCCUGGUGUUUGCGAGCUCUUGCUGCUACUGGGCUAUCUCCUGGUCAAUUGAGAGAGUUGUUCCGCCUGACCGACCGUCGCGAGCUUUGCGAGCGCUCGUUGAGAGCUGUUCCAAAUCUUCCCGCCGUGUUUGGAGAUCACCUAUGAAGGCGUCCAAUUGGCCUUGGCGCGUUUCAAGUUGUUCGAGUUCGGUUUUCUUUGCCUCUAGUUCAGCAACGAUAUCCCGGCUUCAGGUUCGCUCUGUUGACAUCUUUAGAGACUUCAAGGCAAGGGUAGUUGGUUGAUUGUAUCAGAUUGGUAACGGAUCGGAUCGUAAAGGGUAAUAAUGUAACUAUGAUUGCAACUGCAGUUAAUAAGAAAACUAGUAUGAAGGGAUUGUGGUGGAAUGGCCAGCCUUUUAAUCACAAACUCAGGGCA